UUCUGCUCACCCACAGCAGAGGCUGUUUAUCCCACCCUCAUUAACAUCUAUGGUUUGCUCUUGUCCCGGACACGAUGACUAUUUUAAUAUAUUUUAUUGUUCUGCUGUUUUCUGGGACGACUUUUAGCCAAGAGAAAACAUAUGUCCUUACAGCACCAAAGAUCUUCCGAGCUGGGGCCUCUGAGAAAAUUGUAGUUCAAGCUUUUGGUUACCAGGAGGAAUUUCCAGUCAGUAUUGCCCUGAAAAGCUUCCCAGAUAAGCGGGCUGUGUAUUCGUCUGCUCGGAUUUCCUUGACCCCAGCCAACAAAUUCCAAGAUGCUGUAACUUUAACAGUUCAACCAGCAGAUUUACCAAGAACAGAUACUUCAGACAAAUAUUUGUAUUUGGAAGCUGUUUCUCCACAUUUUACAAGAUUUAAAAAAAUUCCUGUUUCCUAUGAUAAUGGGUUUCUUUUUAUCCAUACAGACAAACCAGUUUAUACUCCUGAUCAGUCAGUGAAAGUCAGAGUCUAUUCUCUGGAUGAAGAACUGCAGCCAGCUCGGAGAGAGACUGUCCUGACUUUUGUGGAUCCUGAAGGAGUAGAAGUGGAUAUUGUGGAAGAAAAAGAUUUUACUGGAAUAGUUUCUUUUCCUGACUUCAAGAUCCCUCCUAAUCCUAAAUAUGGAAUUUGGAAGAUUAAAGCAAAGUACAAGAAGGAUUUUGUGACCUCAGCUGUGGCAAAAUUUGAAGUUAAGGAAUAUGCAAUGCCAAGCUUUUCCAUCACCAUCGAGCCAGAGAGUAACUUCAUUAGUUCUGAUAAAUUUGAGAACUUCAGGAUUGUUGUGAAAGCUAGCUAUUUUUCCAACAAAAAGCUUCCCAGUGCUGAUGUUUUUCUUCGUUUUGGAAUAAUUGAAGAAAGUGAGAAAAGAAUGAUGCCUCAGGCAAUGCAUGUAACGAGGAUUGAAAAUGGAGUUGCUGUGAUCAAUUUUAACAGUAAGAGAGCAGCAAGUUCUAUAGGCUUUGACAGUCUUGAAGCACUGGAUGGCUCAUAUUUAUAUAUUGUGGCAUCGGUGUUGGAGUCUAUGGGUGGCCUCAGUGGAGAGGUGGAGUUCACUGGAGUCAGGUUUGCUGUCUCUCCUUACAAGCUGAGUUUGAUUGCCACUCCUCUCUUUGUGAAGCCUGGGCUUCCCUUCUUCAUCAAGGUGCAGGUGAAAGACACCAUGGAUGACUUUGUUGGGAAUGUCCCUGUAACUGUCACUGCCAAAUCCUUGAAUGAGCAGAUGGAUGAGACUCAGUUGAUAUCAGAGGGUUCAGAAUCUGGGAGAAGAAGAACAAGCACCAGUGAUGGAACUGCUUUGUUUGUUGUUAAUAUCCCACCAAACAGCAAAAUGUUGGAGUUUCAAGUAAAAACUGCAGAUCCACAUCUUUCAGAUGAAAACCAAGCAAGUAAAAGCUACGAAGCAAGAGCUUAUUCAUCCCUGAGUCAGAGUUAUCUCUAUAUUGACUGGGCUUCAAACCACAGAACGCUGGAAGUGGGGGAUGUAAUAAAUAUUAAUGUAUAUCCACAAAGUCACUACACUGAUAAAAUACAUCACUACAGCUAUUUGAUCACAUCAAAAGGGAAGACAGUGAGCUUUGGAACUCAGGAGAGAAAUAAGGAUUUGGAAUACGAUCAUCUGACUUUACAGAUAACCCAAGAGAUGGUUCCUUCAGCACGUCUCAUUGUUUACUACAUAGUCAUGGGAGAAGGAGCUGCAGAGUUAGUGGCUGAUUCAGUUUGGCUGAAUGUGGAACAGAAAUGUGGGAAUGGCCUUGAUAUAAAGCUGCAGUCAAGCAAGGAGACACAGAAACCAGCAGAGGUUGUAUCGCUCACCAUGAAAACCCAGUCCAAUGCCUUUGUUGCUCUGUCAUCUCUUGACAAGGCAAUAUAUGGAGUCACAGGAAGAAGGAAGAGGGCAAUGGAAAAGAUCAUGCUGCAGCUGGAGAAGAGUGACCUUGGCUGUGGGGCUGGGGGAGGACAGAACAACGUUGCUGUGUUCAGGAUGGCCGGGCUCACCUUCCUCACCAAUGCAAACGCUGAUGACUCACAGGAAGCAGGUGAACCUUGCAAUGAAGUGUUGAGAGCCAAACGGUCUGACCUCAGGGAAAAGAUACUCGAUAAAGAGGCCAAAUACCAAGACCCAGGAGCACGGAAGUGCUGCAGGGCUGGCGUAAAAGCUUAUCCAGUCUCUGAGACCUGCAGGGAGAGAGCUCAGAGGAUUCGGAGCACCCGGAAGUGCAUUUCUGCAUUCACAGAUUGCUGUGAAUUUGCCAACAAGCUGCGGCUGGAGGAGCCAAACAAGCUCCUGAUAUUGGCCAGAAUGCAUUCUGAGUCUCUCUUGGAACUGGAUGAGGCACAAGUUCGUAGCUACUUCCCUGAAAGCUGGUUAUGGGAAGUUCACCAAGUUUCUUCAAGGUCCAAGACUCUGUCUGUCACCUUGCCUGAUUCACUGACCACCUGGGAAGUACAAGGUGUUGGCAUUUCAGAUAAAGGUAUUUGUGUUGCUGAACCUUUGGAAAUCCAAGUUGUGAAGGAUGUUUUCCUGAGCAUUUAUGUUCCUUAUUCCGUGGUACGAGGGGAGCAAAUCGAGUUAAAAGGAUCCGUUUAUAACCAUAAAGCCUCUGCAAUUAAGUUCUGUGUUAAAAUAGCAGCUGGAAAUGGAGUCUGUACCUUUGGAGAUUCUGCAAGUGCAGGGUCGAGGAUGCAGAGCUGUAAAUUGAAGAAUCUGGAUGCUGGCUCUUCCUCAGCGGUCACAUUCCGCAUCCUCCCGCUGGAAUUGGGUCUUCAGACCGUCAACUUCACACUGCUGACCCCCAGGAACAGUGAAAUUGUAGUUAAAACUUUACGGGUCGUGCCAGAAGGCAUUAAGAAAGAACUCCAUGCAGGUUUCACUUUGGAUCCACAGGGUGUUUAUGGUUCAAUCAAGAGACGACAAGAAUUUCGAUACAAAGUCCCACUAAAUCUGGUCCCUAAAACACAAAUUGACAGAAGUGUCAGUGUGAAAGGGCAUCUUCUGGGUGAAGUGAUUGCCACGGUGCUGAGCCCCAGGGGCCUGCAGAUGCUGAGCAGCCUGCCCAGGGGCAGUGCAGAGGCAGAGCUGAUGAGCAUUGCCCCGGUGUUCUACGUGUUCCGCUACCUGGAGGAGUCGGAUAACUGGCAUUUACUGGGCCCGGAGACCCUCAGCUCCAGGACUCACAUGAGGAGGAAGAUGAAAGAAGGAAUCGUGAGCAUCUCGUCCUUCAGGAAUGCUGACUCCUCCUACAGCAUGUGGAAGAAUGGGCCAGCUAGUACAUGGUUGACAGCUUUUGCUCUAAGGAUCCUUGGGCAAGUGAAUCAAUACAUUAAUCUUGAUCAUAUAUCUGUUUGUGAUUCCCUGCUGUGGCUGAUUGACAACUGUCAGAUGUCAGAUGGGUCAUUCAGUGAAUUUUCAAACUACCAGCCAGUGAAACUGCAGGGUACAUUACCUCGAGAAGCCAAAGAAAAAUCUUUGUAUCUCACAGCAUUUUCUAUUAUUGGAAUUGACAAGUCAAUGAAAAUAUGUCCUACUCAGAAAAUCCACGAUGCCAGGAGCAGAGCAGGGGAUUAUUUGGUGCAGAACGUGCAGCUGGCCCAGAGCCCCUUCACCAUGGCCAUCACCGCCUACGCGCUGGCCCUGCUGGACCCCAACCACAUCGCAGCACGGGCCACCUUCUCUGCCCUGAAGAGAGAGGCCUUUGUCACAGGUGACCCUCCCAUCUGCAGGUUUUGGAAAGAUGCCUUCAAAGCACAACAGCCAACCCCCAGCUCUGUCACUGCACAAAUGGUUGAAACCACAGCCUACGCCUUGCUCACGACUUUGCUAAGAGGGGACAGUGACUAUGCCAAGCCCAUCAUCAAAUGGCUCUCUGAAGAACAGAGAUACGGGGGAGGAUUUUACUCAACUCAGGACACUAUUAAUGCCCUUGAGGCCCUGACUGAAUAUUCCCUUCUUGUCAAACGGCUGCGUUUGGACAUGGAUGUUAAAGUGUCCUACAAAAAUGGUGGACCCCUGAACUUAUUUAAACUGACAGAAGACAAUUUCGUGGGAAGAACUAUGACAGUACCUUUGGAAGAUGAUCUGUAUGUGAGCACUGGCAGCAGCACUGGCAUAGCUACAGUAAAUGUGAGGACAGUGUAUAACACCAUUGGGACUUCUGAGGACUCCUGUAACUUUGAGCUGAAGAUUGUUCCCAAGAGAGAUGAUGGUCGCAUAAGAGGAGAGGGGGAACCCCUGGGGCGCCUGGAGGCUUGUGCAAAGUACAGGCCCAGUGCCAGGGAGCCCCGGUCGGGCUCUGCUCAUGCCGUGAUGGACAUAGGGCUGGUCAGUGGAGUGGAAGCCAAUCCAGAGGAUUUAUCUACUCUUGCGAGUGGAGUUGAUCAGCUGAUAGCAGAUUAUGAGAUAAAAGAUGGGCAUGUUCUCCUGCAGAUAGACUCUGUGCCGGCUCACAAGUUCCUGUGUGUUGGCUUCAGGAUCGGUGAGCUUUUCCGGGUUGGAAUGCUGAACCCUGCCACCUUCACUGUGUAUGAAUAUCACGCACCAGACAAAAGAUGCACCAUACUUUAUAACCCCUAUGGAAAUGAAAAACUGAUGAGAUUGUGUGAAGGAGAUGAAUGCAAAUGCAUGGAAGCUGAGUGUGGUAAAAUCCAGGAGAGACUCGGCGGGUCGGUGACUGCUGAGAGCAGGAGAGAGGCUGCCUGCCAGGAGGACACUGCUUAUGUUUAUAAAGUGAACAUCUUAUCUCGCACUGAGGAGGGGUUUUUUGUGAAGUAUUCUGCAAAUCUUCUGGACCUCUAUAAAAGGGGGCAGGCUUUUGCUCAAAAAAAUAGUGAAAUAACCUUUGUUAAAAAGAAGUCUUGCACAGAAGUUGAAUUGACCCCAGGAGAGCAGUAUUUGAUCAUGGGAAAAGAAGCCCUAAAGAUAAGCAUUGGUUACAGUUUCAAGUUCCAGUACCCUUUGGACUCCAGCACUUGGAUUGAGUGGUGGCCUUCAGACACAGCCUGUGCAUCCUGUCAGGAGUUUCUGAACACAAUGGAUGAUUUUGCUGAAGAUCUCCUCAUCAGUGGCUGUUAAUUCACUUGGACAGUUUUUAAAUUAAAAAUCCAGAUCUAAUCCCAUUGAAAAGAAGAAAAAUCCUCGCCUAUUUAUUAGUUCUUUUUGACUGAAGACUCAUUAAGAGUUCUCAUAAAAAAUUAUCUUGGCAUGUAUUUUAUAGCAAUGUCAUUACAGCAGAGUAAUGCUCAAAUAUGAUUUUUAAGCUUGGAUGAGAGAAUAACACAGAAAGGUGCAAAGACAUUGAAGUCAAAAGAAGUGAAUUGACUGCAAAAACAAACAUGGAAAGCACUGUCUUGUCACUAAACCCAAGCCUUAUCAGAACAUAAAUAUAUGCAGCCACUUUGUAAGCUCUCUGGGAAAGAAACUUCAUUCCUUAGCUUUUCCUUUUGCACUCUUUUUUGAAUUCCUACAUUUCCAUUCCUGACAGUAACUGAUGCUGGUUUUAUGCUCUGCUUUCUUGUUAAAAAAAAAACAAACAAAAAACCAAACAAAAUUCUUCAAUUAUAUGUGUGCCUUUAUUAUUGGUGUUUUCAGACACAGUCAACUGAAUCAACAUCUCCUGUAACUUAGGUGGAUUAAAACAAAUGUUCCUUUGCA